AUGGCUUUCCCGAAAACGCUCAAGAGCGGCCGACCAGCGCAGCAGAACACCAUAUCGCAGCAGCUCUUCUACGCAAACUCCGCCAACGCGGCGGAUAUGGCGCACCAGCAGCAGCUGGACCGCGAGUACACACAGCAGCUGCGUGAGCUGCACGCCAAGAGAGGCUCAGCGGAUCGCCGCUUCUUUCAGCGCAUGACGGACUACCGCGACAUCAAAGACGGCGACCCGUACGCGUCCAUCUUCGGAGAGUCCGGCGGGACGCAGCGGCUGCGCACCGCCGCGUGGCAGCGGCAGUUCGAGAAGGAGAACGAAGAUGUUGAGCUGCCGUACGAGCGCACCAACGUGCUGGCACGUCUUGCACCGAACCGGUUUGUGCGGUACUUCGUAAAUCUGCGCGACAAUGGCGGGGCGGACCACCUGUACUUCCUGUGGACCUGUGGCCUCAUCGCGGUGUCUCUGCUGUGGCUUAUCGGGUACCUCUUCUACACCGCUCCCAGUCGGGCACGACCGACGAGCGAGAUCCGCUAA